CAAUGAAAAAGUACUAGCUGUAAGUGAAAUAGAGUGGAACUUGUACUCUUUCAGCAAUAUUAAGGAAUGAUUUACCUAAAACACGCUCCAAUAUCUUUAAAAAAAGUUACCUGUAAGUUGGUUUUGUUUUAUUUCAAGUGUACUAAGAUGUUUGCACUAAAAAGUGGAUUGGAUUUUGUAAGAUUUUGUGGUUUUGCAAUGUGGAGCCAUGAACGUCACCGUUUGAAUUUUUUAUUAUUUUUUUUAACUCUAAUUCUUCUGGGUAAAACGGCUCAAGUUCACCCAGGCUUGAUCAGGAGUCAUCGGCUUUCUGUCUGGACUUUGACUAGGCCCUUCUAAUAAUGCUUUGAUCUAUACCAAUACAUUGUAGCUCCUGCGGGAAGGAGAAGUGGAAGGUCAGUGCUUUCCCCAGUAUGAAAUCUUCUGUAUUUUCUGACAAGUUUUCUCCCUUAUUAGCUCUAUCCAUCUCUUCAUCAACUCUGACCAGCAGAGAAGCAACUUCAUAUUUUUAAUGUGCAUUGUAAUCGUUCCCCCCUGGUGGUCAACUCUUUUGGAAACCAGUUAAAUAUUGUGUACAGAACAAGCAAACUGCUCUGCCGCAGUCCUGCCCAGAGGCCCAGAGGCUUGGAUUCUUUGAUAAAGCUGCUUUUUAUGAAAUUCAAAGCUUCCUCACUUAGUUUCUGGAAAAGAUAACCAGUAGCCCAGGAGAUACUUAGAAAGAUCAAGAGAUUUUGAUCAACCACUGGUUGUUCUCUCGUCUAUUUAAAAACCUGACUCUUGCUUGGCCUUGUCAGAGUGCGGCAGCUCCAGCAGACCCAGUUGGUGCCACGCAGAGAAACUGGCACGCAUGGCCAAUGUGGACAAACUUCUGGAGCACAUAGGAGACUUUGGACCCUUCCAGAAGAAGAUGGUCAUACUUGGGUCUCUGCCAUUGGUCUUCAUUCCGUUCGUGUUUGUUGGAGUCGUCUUCCUGGGCCACACUCCGGACCACUGGUGCUGGAGCCCCGGGUCCGAGCAGCUCCUGCAGGAGUGCGGCUGGACAGAGGUCAAGGUGCGAGAAGUUACCGUUCCCCACGGCGAAGAGGCCGGAUCCUUCAGCCGCUGCCAAACGUUUGCCGUGAACUGGAGCCAAAGCUGGAACAGAUGCGAGGCGUUUGAGCAGGAGCUGACUUUAAACGGAUCCCAUGCUGUGCCGUGUGACGGAUGGAUGUUUGAUAAGAGUCACAAAACUACAGUUUCUGAGUUUUCACUGGUGUGUGAAAAAGCCUGGCUUGCUGACCUAAAUCAGGUGUUCCUGGCUUCUGGGUUUUUUACUGGAGCUUUCGUGACUGGCUAUGUGGCUGACAGGUUUGGCAGAAAGCCAUGCGUCGUUGCCUCGAUGCUCGGCCUGGGACUCACUGGAGUUGGGAUCAUGCUUUCACCAUGGUAUCCGCUGCUGCUCUUCCUGCGGUUUCUGCAGGGAUUUUGUGGAAAGGGAGCGUGGACAGCCACUUAUGUUCUCGUGGUUGAGUUUUUUGGAGCAGAAAACAGAAAAUUUGUAUCUAUGGUCGGUCGGAGUUUCUACUCCAUCGGUAUGGUGAUUCUGCCGGGCCUGGCUUACUCUCUGGUCUCCUGGAGGAACCUGCAGCUGGCUAUGAGUCUUCCUUGCUUCCUGUUUGUCUUUUACUAUUGGAUUGUCCCAGAAUCUCCUCGCUGGCUGUUUUCUAGAGGAAGAAGCAGAGAGGCCAUAAAAGUUGCUUCAGACAUGGCGAAAUGUAACAAUAGAGUUUUGCCACAUAAUCUUCAAGAGAUGAUUUCUUUGGAGGAAAAGAAGGAAGCACCUUCAGUGUCUUUCAAGGAUUUAUUUCGGACACCAAAGAUAAGAAAAAACACACUGAUUUUAACUUAUGCCUGGUUUACGAGUACGGUUGUGUUUCAAGGCCUGGUUCUGCGUCUCGGGAUCACCGGAGGUAAUCUCUUUCUGGAUUUCUUCAUCUCUGCUGCGGUGGAGCUGCCCACGGGCCUCAUCUUCUACCUGCUGGUGGACAGAGUGGGUCGACGCUCCCUGAUGGCCAUUGCUAACUUCACGGCAGGAGUCGCUUGCCUCGUCGUCCCUUUCUUGUCCACCAAUUUUCUCUGGUUAAGAAAGCCUGUUGCAAUCAUCGGGAGGCUUGCUGUUGCCGUUGGGUUCGAGACUGUGAACUUUGCAAACGCAGAGAUGUACCCGACUGCACUGAGAAACGUGGGUUUGUCCGUGUGUUCGUCAGCCAGCGACAUUGGCGCGAUCGCAUCUCCCUUCCUGCUGUACCGACUGGCUAACAUCUGGAAGGAGCUGCCUCUCAUUCUUUAUGGCGUCAUGUCGGUGCUGUACAGCGCUCUGGUGACGCUGCUGCCUGAGAUGAGCGGAGUUUCCCUGCCAGAGACCAUAGAGGACGUGGAAAACCUGAAGAGGAGCAGAGACAAAUCCAAGGACAAAAUGGGAAACGACCAAAUUAUAUGACAAAAGGACCAAAGCUGAACAAUAACUGUUAUUUUGUAGACGUUGUGUAGUUUGGUGGUGCGGUUCUGGAGGUUUUUCUUACAUCGUGCUGCAGUGCCCAAAGGUUCUUACUUGAGAAGCAACAAAAUCAACCAUUUUAAAGUGUAAAAAAAGGGGGAAAAAAUGCAUCAGACGCUUGCGUGACUGAUGAGCACAGCUCUUCUUUUUGUUUUAUGCUUUUAUUCUCAUUCAAAUUGCCACGUUAUUUCAGAAACGCGUUUAGAAAUCCAGCCGAAGCUUUGCAACCUCACGGCCAUUUGUAGAACAUCUUUGAUGCGACCUCUUAAAGAGCCUAUUCAUGCAACACAUUUUGUCGAAACGAUUUAAUUAUCCUUUCAUCCUCUGCAUCAGAGAAUGUGAAGAAUAAAACCUAAAAUCAUCUGAAAAACUGACUAUUUGAGCAGCAAAGGCUUAUAAAUAACUGCGUUUCGCUUCCCUUCCUAUCUCGGACUUCUUUUGCAGUGUUGGGUUUUUUUCUGUCAGCUGGGUGUUUAUGCAAAACUCUACCUGCUAUGUAGCUUUAGUGACGGCAAAAUAAAAAUGUGAAAGCAUUGUAAUGAGGAGGAAUCAAGACGAAGAUAUCCAUAACUGUUUUGUGUUCUCAUCUCGAGAAUUCGUAUCUUGAUUGUUUUGUCCAUUUUUACAUUACAACCACAAAUGAAAUGAAUUUUCUUGAAAUGUUCUCAAAUACACCAAUGUUGAGUUUGUAAAAUUGGUUAGAAAACAGAAAUCUGAAAAUGUCCUUCAUUAGUGUUUAGAUCUCUUUAUCCUGCUUGUCUAAUUAAAUUGGGGAACAAACGGCAUCAGGAUUAAAUUAUCAAAAGGUUUGAACAUCU